AUGGCGGCGCCGAGACAUGUUCCGCCUAAAGCGGCGAAUGAGAGUCAGUCUGAGGACCCGCGUGGUGCGAACAGCAUUGGGCCUGCGCAGGUGAGCAGCCAGGCCUCGGCCCUCACGGCGUCCGGUCUAGAUGAUUUCGACCAGGAGUUUGCUCACUUGAGUGCUCUUCUCCAGGCUGAACUGUAUGGCAGCAGCAUCCAAGACGACUCUUCUUUGAAUGGACUGCUCAGCAGCAGCCAUGAGGGCACCGCCCAAGACCUCACUGCUGGUGGCAACAUCACUCAAGGUCUCACCACCACUGAUACCAUCAACCAGGGGCUUGCCGCCACUGGCUACACCGCUCAAGGUCUCGAGACCACUGAUGACUUCACCCAGGGCAUCGCCGCUACUGAAGACAGUAACCCAUCUGCUGCCUUCAACGCUUUCUUCGGCUGGGAUGGUGUCAGCCUGGCCGUGGCAUCAAACGUGACCGACGACUUGGCCUUGGCCUUCCAAGGUGUCGGCUCCCAAUUCAAUGACUUCGAUCACAUGCUCGAACAGGAUCCAGCCGAUUUUCCACCUGGUUUCGAGAAGGCGGCAAAUGUGGCUUCAAGUACCCCAAUCCGCUUCAAUGCGUAUGCGGUUGAGGGCCUCGAAGGGGAACUGCCUGAACUGCCUGACGCGAAUGUGCCGGACCUCGCCUCCAUGGCCCGUGAUUUUGCUAGGAGUGCAGCAGUCGACUUUCCAACUCUUGGCGCUACAGACACAGGUUGUAAAGAUUCUGAAAUCAGCUCUCUGCCACCACCGUCUGGAUUCGUCUCUUCUCACUCAAACGUGUCAGGUCAUACGUCCGCCGCUGCCAUCAACAGCAACAUUACUGCUCCGCAAACCAACGACAUCAUGGCCAAGAAGACUGUCAAUCCUCUUUACCCUGACCCCAUUCUAGACAACACUCCAGAUGUCGGGGGAGCCAAUCUAGGUCUUGAAUCUGGUGAGGGCCUUCUGACUCAUGUUGCUCCCACCGACGCUGCUCUUGUCCGUACUCCCAUGGAGACUGUUCCUGCUACUGCAAACAUGUCUGGCACUGCCACCGAAGGUCGUACCGAUGCUUUUGCGAUGGGUGUGGCCCCUGCCAAUGAUGGUCCUGCUGGCGCUGUUGCAGGAAACGAUGUAUCCAAGGUCGUCAAGAAACGUGGUCGGAAGCGCAAGACGGAUGAUGAGAAGAACAAUACUGGCCCUGGGUCCGGCAACGACAAACCAGCUCCACGCAAGAGAGUUAGAGGUGCCAUCAAGAACAGAUAUUACGGCCCACGAGUUGACACCAGUGAGACAGCCAUUACCUCCGCGAUCGAACCAAUGCGGCUCCAAAAGGGAGGACGCAGCACCAGCCAGUCCAUAUCGAAGAGCAAGGACCCCAAUGCUCCCAAGUGGACUCGCCGAAUUCCAUCUCUCCUCGACUGCACCGACCCCUUCAUCUGUCCUGGUCCGGACAAGAACUGCUUCCACGCCUUCCAAAAUACUGGUGGAUACUGGCUCCACGUCGAAAGUGUCCACGGCUUCAAGAGAAACAAGGUCUUAGGCGACCCCGCGUUCGCGGAUAUCAAGGCAAUCUUCGAACCUCGUCCGCAGUCCUGGUGGCUCUCCCAGGGACAGGAUAUCACAUACCAGGGAGCCGACCGCAAGCAGAUCAACGCUCGCCGUCGCAUGGCGCAGGGGAUUCGCAGCAACGACCCCAACUACGUCGAGGAGGUGUAUGUGAAGACCCCUGCUUCUCGCGUGUCUCAGAAUGGCAAGAACAAGACCGCGGCCAAGAAGGCGGCCAAGAAGUAG